AUGCUUGGUGCGCUAACUGUUCGUAUUCCUAUCGCGGAGCAAGGAGGUCUUUUCUAUUCGGAUACAACAUCAUUACCUCGUCAAGUGAUUUUGCACGCAUGCUUUGCUCACCACCGGUCUACGAGUCCUCGCGACUUUACAGAUUCUGUCAGAUGUCCCGCUUGGUUACGGCUGGCUACUGAUCGUGGGAUGUUCGUGUCCGUCGCGCAGGCUGUCUCCACCGCGGUGUCCGAAAAACUGCUGCAAAGCCAACCUCCACACAGAAGUGAACGCCCACCAAGUUUUGACACUUCGUUUCGGAAGACGAUAGAUCGAAGCUUCUUCUACUUACCAUACCCUCCUCCAGGACAGUGGUAUCUGAGCCUGUAUGCGGAAUGCUAUUCGACUAUGAAUAUUUCGUGCAGUUUGCACCCGGCUUCAACGGUGGACGUCGCGUUUGUCAUUCGCUCCUCUCCUUGUCUGAACCACCGUUGUCGAGCCUCCGGGGAGGGCGCUAGUCUACCUCCAUCAGGUGCUUUGGACCCGUCGAUAACCCAGCUGCGAGCCACCGUUCACAAUUCAUAUCGAACUAAACGCUGGAGGCCUUCAUGGUGGAACACAUUGAGCCCGAACGGCACAUCGGAUGACGCCCCCAGAGCAGGAAAAUAUGAUACCAUGGAUGAGGAGGAAACAGGUCAUCCGUACGACGGUCUUUGUAUAGAGUUGUCGGCGCAUUCUCUGAACACCUCGAACUGCGUCUGUUCACCUGGACGUUUCGGUAUUGGUUGUACACUUCCCAAACUAAUCGGUGCACCAAAACACUUUCGGUCGACUACAACUGAACUCAUUGUACCCGAGAUUGCUUGGCAAGGCUAUUCCGAAGCGGCUCUCUGGCUAUCAAUGUCCAACUUGGCUUUCUUGCCAAGCAUUCUCCUCGCAUUAAUGCGAGGCCUGUGGAUCCCUGCAGUAGCUUAUACCUAUACGCUGGUGUUCUCCACUGUAAGUUUGUCAUUGCGUCUUUUAUGA